CCGGGGGUAUUUAAUUAAUGUAACUCACAACAUCCCGCUGUUUCAAUGGAAGUACACCAUGUCAGGAUCACAUCCAUGGUUAGGACAAUUUGCGCUGUGUUAGCUAGCAAAACGCCGAGACUACAUGGAGGACAUCACUAGGUUGUAUGUGGCAGUUUGCUGAUUGUAGCUGUAUACAUCUCAAGCGUAUUCAUGAUCAUUUCAAUGUUAUCUCUGGAAACAACGACCACAAUGAACCGUUUUAAUCCCACCGUUCCCCUUGACGAGUACCUCGCGGACAGCGAUGUGUUGGUCUACCUGAGCGAUGCAGUGACCCAGCUGCUGGAACAUAAACAGGAAUACACCCAGUUUGGGGUGAUCCGCUACUUUGCCGAGUAUUUCAGCAGUGUGAAGAACAGUAAUCAUGUUCUCUUCAGAGAGUAUAACUACAUCAGAGCCACUCCUCAUAACAGAGCCUCCUUUAUCAGAGUCUUCUGGAGGUGCUACAGACAGAUUGGCAAGAGUGGAGACUUACUCUCCAUGCUGGAGUACAGGUCUCUGCUGCAGUUAUUAUGUCCAGACUUCCCAGUUGAGAUGGUGCAGAGUGCAGCCAGAAUUGUUCUGAUGGAUGACGCCGUAGAUUGUCUGAUGUCUUUCUCUGAUUUCCUUUAUGCCUUCCAGCUGCAGUUCUUCUAUCAAGAAUUCCUGGACAGUGUUCUUGUGAUCUACCAGGAUCUGUUAACAGGGAAGAGUCCUAACACGGUUAUUGUCCCCACCUCAACCUCGAUUGAGCAGCUGCCCUCUGUGGCUGCAGAGGAAAACAACAAGGGGGGGCAGCAGCAGGAUGGGGUGGAGUCAUCCACUCUGGCUCAGUGUAUAGAUGCCCUCUGUGACAGGUUCAAGCACAGUCAUCCUUCCAGGUCGUGUAUGAAGGAAGUACUGGAACAGACUGACAGAGUCUGUUACUACAGCUUCCUAAUGAGCCUCGCUAAACAUGAGAUCAUCCACCAAACCGUUGGAGCAUUGCCCAGCAGGGCUGAGUUACUUAUCGACCUAGAGAUGGACCAGGAGCUGGACAAGCUAAUCUCACAGAUCUCAGUGAGCCCUGGCAGCAACAGCAGUGGCAGUGCAGUGGGGGGGCUGAAGGAGGUGCAGAGGAAGGCCUCCCCAAGGAGAAACAUCCACCACAGGAGGAAGAUGGAGGUGGAAAGUGAUGGCUCCACGGAGGAGACAGACUCCUCUGAAAACUGACCUCUCACCUUUUAUCUGUGACAUUUCACCUUCCAUCUUAAGUCCAAAACACAUCAAAACUUAGUUGCCCAUUAUUUGCUGUGUAAACCCACACACUAGUAGCAGGUAAGUGCACAUCAGUGUAAUACAACACUCCAGAUAUGCAGAGAGAGCUGUAGUAAAAUGACUCCCAGAUUACCCCUGAUUGCAAGGCAGCACUCUAGAUUCACUCUAUAUUGACUGCGUUUACAUGCACUUAAAUAACCAGCUUACAGUUGACUUUUUUUGAGUAAGCUGAUUUCUUAGCUGUCAUGUAAAUACCUGGUUUCUGUAAUCACGGUAGGGGAUUAAGGAAUCCCCAUUUUCCCAGGUAGAUUUCUCUCAGAGAAAGCUGAUUUCUCUGCCAUGCAUACACAUAACCAGACUUCUGAUCAGCUUUCUAGGGGAGCGCAUGUGCAAAAGGCAAGCUCCAAGGUCGCUUGGGCGCAUGUGACUGUAGAAACAGAGGAAGUUGUUACUGGCCUAAACAGACAAUCAUCAACAUGGGGAGCAGUAGCACCAGCAGCAGCUUGUUGGAUGAAUGUGUUUUAUCUUCUAUUUGCCAUUAUUAAUUUCAUGACCAGUGGGCCAGCUGAUGUCCUGAUUUGCAGGUGCAACAUCACUAAAGAUCGGCUGGGUCCAUCAGAUUACUUAGGAGUUGUCUAAUUUCUACCAAAACCUGGGUUUUGUCAGUAACCUUAAGUGCAUGUGAACACACUUACUGUGUGGAUGCUACACAUUAUUCUUUGUGUGGACCUGAUUAUGUGCAAGUCUCAUGUCUGCACAUGGUCACGUGACAUGCCACUGCAGUCUGCUCUGAAUUUUACUGUAAUCCAAACAAAAUAUUUGUAUUUCCCCAAUACUGAGCCGUCAGUUUCAUGAACAAAGUAGCAAACAAAUGUGUAUUACAUGUAUGGGGAUCCUUACACUGAAUAGUAAAGAUGGAACUGAUGCCCAAUGUGGAAGAUUUCUUUUGGUCACUGCAAACUCAUAUCUGACUAUGUGAUAUUUUAUUGGUGUUAAAGUUUGGUCUUCAAGUGACUUUGUAUUUCACCUCUGUUGGGGAACAUGCAAAACACAAGUUAAAAAAACAAACAAACAGAAUUCCCACUUUGCACUGGGAUGCCUCUACCAACCAAUCAAAUUGACAGGAAUGAAACAGACAUGAGGUCAGUGUGAUCUUUGACCACCAAAAUCUAAUCACAUCUGGAAAGAGAGAAAUUGAUGUACUUUUUUUAAGAUUUUGUGAUAAACCCCACGAGCUUUUGGUCACUCAGAGUGAGUUUCAUGGUAACAUCUGUGGCAACAUACACACAGCAUGAAUUUCUGGAGAGUAGCUAUCUCCUAAAACUGGUGCACUUUUAUACACAAAAAUAGGUUUAUACAGUUAUUGUGACUGUGUUUAUAAAUCUUGUAGAAGCUUGCAGUUGUAUCCCUGCUAAAAGAGGCUUCUUAGCAGGUCAAGUCUACAAUACAUAAUAAUAUAUGGAUGUAUAUUUGGGUAUUACAGUUCAGAAGAGUGCAGUGCUAAGUACAGCUAAGAUACUGCACACAGCCCUUAAACUCCCAGGUCUCUGGUAGAGGAUCCAAGGUUGAGGAAGAUGCACACUGCCCAUAGGGGUGAGAAGGGAAUUGUUUUUAUGCAUCUACAGUAUGCUACUAGUUCUGUGUAUGCCUCUGCGACAUCACAAAGCACUGAACCAACACAGAUGAGACAUCAGAUGCCUGUAGAUAAGGUUUAAAUGACAGAGUGCUGAGAUAGAAUGCCACACAUUUUUAAAGUUCUGUGUGUCAUGUACAACACACUUGAAAAAGUAGUACUUACCCUCAGAUCCCAUCAUCCAUAAAUGGGCAAGAGGCCCAUAGCAGUGUAUGAGCUCAGGGUAAUGUUCAAUGUAGUGACGUUUAGGGCAGAGCACUAAAUCAGGAAAGGCAUCUUGCAGUAUGUUUCUGCUCAACUUACGCUCCAAUAUCUAGACUUUUGUCUGGCAUCAGUUUAAUCACAGGCAGCAAAAUCUCAGCAGGAGAACUGUCGUCUGUUUCAAUCUGACUCUUACCCAUCCCUAAUUGUAUCUCAAUAUAGCUUGAAGGAAGUUGAAGGGAAUCACAGAAAGCCCAGAACAGGCAAAUAUCAAAACGAAAGUCAUCCAACCAUGUGGCAGGAGAAAUGAUGAGCUGUCUUCCCAUGCCGGAAGACCAACCUUUUCUGCAGGCAUUCUCUACAGUACAAACACAGAAACAACUAUAUGUGUAUAUAUGGACAAAUAUAUACAGAUAAAUAUGAGAAUUACAUAACAUGUAUUAUGACAUGAAUAUAAAGAUGCU